AUGUUGCGGAAAGCGAUGUUGGAAAUGAUCCUGAGAACUAGUGCUCAUGAACCAGUGAAAAAUCUGUCGAAGGAAAUACAAAAGCAAAUGAUGCGGAUUAUCGUGCUGGAGAACGAGGAAAACGCCAUACUUGCUAUCAAAAUAGUCGUUGAUCACAGUAAGAUCGCUCGCUCCCAUCUUAUUCCCGAGGUUUCUGUAAUGCUGCAAAAUUUCAAGCAGUGGGUGAAAUGUAUGUGUGUCACUCUGUCAAGACCGCAUACUUUUGACACUAUAGAUUUGACGCAUCCAACGGUCCAGCUACCAGAGGAAGCAAUGAUUGAAAAUUACCUACAACAGUGUUACUAUACACAGUCAGCUCUUCUUUACUCUCCAAACGGGACUUUGGACACAUUGUACAAUCUAAUACCACGAGCCAGUCAAUCACUGAAAGCCUUCCAAGAUAUUCCCAUGCUCGUCAUUUUCUUAUAUCAACAUCAUAAAGCUGGUGUUCAAACCGAAGCGAUGGAGUUCUUGCUUUGCUGUCUUGAUUUUUUGGGUAUACAAAUUUCGAAUGAGCAGAAAGCUGACGAGAAAUACAACAAAGCAUUGGCUGAUGAGUUUUACACGGCUCAAUCGAAGAUGCUUGCUUAUCUGAGCAUUAUGGGGAAAAUCAGAGAAUUCAUGGAGCAAAUAUUAGCAAACGGCGAUAGAUUCAUUAACGGCGUUCUUUCUUUGCUGGAACAGUGCCCUGCUGAGCUGAUUGUUGUUCGAAAAGACGUGCUGAUCACGUUGAAGUUCUUUUUCAUCUCGGAUUUACGUCCAAAAUUCAUUCAAUUGCUGCCUCGUCUUUUAUCUGAAGUUGCUCUGAUAGGGUCGGGAUACACCGCUGUUGAUCAUUUGAGGGGAUAUUUCUAUCAGACAAUGGCCGAUUUUCUUCAUCAUGUUCGAGCUUCGUUAUCUUUCGAAAUGCUGGCGCACGUCGCUUUCAUAUUCUGCCGUGAGAUGCACGACAACCUGCUGCCGUAUCAGAUUCAAGUGAUAUGUGCCAGAAUGCUGAGCAGUGUUUUGGAAGGAUUGACAAAACAUGCUAAGGAAGGAGAAGCGAAUCGCGAUCUCAUUUUGAUGAUACUGGAAAGCUUGGUGGUGAAAAUGAAGGUCAUUGCUGUCUACCACAUGCCUUUGCUGUUCAAGCAACAUGGUGCUGAAAUCAACUACGCAUUAUAA